GACUGGCAGUUCGCUCGAGGUGAGCCGUCUCGACGCACGGACUCUUAUAUACACGAGCUCUUUCCUUCUCCUCUUUCUAUAUAUAUAUACAUCUGUAGACGCACAAGCACGGAUAUAUACGUAUAUGCUUGUGGCACGUGCUUCGCGCUGAUUUAAAUCGUAUACAGUUGUGGAGAAGUAUCCUGGUGUUCGGUAGUGAAUUUUUUGUGGAGAGUUUUAACAGAGGCUCGUGGUACACAUGUGCGUUUUUCCCUCAGACGUUUUUCGCGGAAGAGUUGAAUGAAAGUUUUGUCGUUCGAGAAUUUUUGGAAAGUUUGCUUGACAGGCAGAAGAAUCGGGGUGUAUGGACAUGCUUCGGCGACAAGAAUGUCCUAUGUUUCGUGAUGUUCGACUCUCGCAAGUUUAUGCGAAAACAACUCGAGAAUAACUCGACUGUUUUCAGAAGAAACAAUACGAACAGACUCGGAAAAUAUUCAUGCAUCCCCAAAGAAUUCCAACUGCGCCAAAGCUCGCACGCGCAAAAAGCAGUAAAAGCUCUGAAAAAAAUUGUUUUCCCAAACAACGCGCGCGCGCGCCGCAAGUAGAGCAGGCCCGAAUAGUCAGACGUUAAAUUUUGUGGAAUUUCGCUUCACCCAAACUUUUGCUAAUGCAUAUAACUGAUGCAUAAAUUCAGCUUAAUAACUUUGCGUGCAUUUCCACUCUUAUCUUUUUUCGACUUUUUUAUUCAAAUCGAUGCAAAGCUCUCGCGCGCGAACUUUAAAUAAUGAUACUGCGGGCUUCGCGCCUUUUCGCUCGACGACACUGAUCGCUCGACCGCGUGCAGGUGUUCAAAUUUCAUACGCUGAUUUAUCUUCCCGACGCACACGUGUUCCCGCGCCAGGCGUUAACUAUCUCUCGAUCGAUCGAUAUGUUGACCGACGCGAAUUUGCCAUGUUAUAGGACAAGAAUAUAGGUGAAAAACGAUACGCUUGUGUAAUGUGCAAGAAGACUCGGUGGGUGACUCGGUUCGUUAUUGAAAUUUAAUGUUCGAUGUAACACUAUACAAGCCCUAAAGUGCAGUGACUAUCGUUAAUUAAAAGUUCGACGUUACAGCUGGUGAAAGUGUCCGCGAAGUAAUGAAGAAGCCACGACUUCUCCGGGAUGAUGUUAACAAAGAGCUUUAUUUCGGAAGCUCGAGCCGGCUAAUCGAUCUUCAUGGAGCGGCUGCUCCGCUUUAAGACUUGCGCAACUCUGCUCAUCGCGUCUCAGUGAAACGAGGAACUAAUCGAUCCGAGAAGAAGCUGAAGUGACGAGAGAUGCUCCUCGAUGCGGCGACGAGGCUACAACAGUCGUCGCGAGUGUCUACUGAGACGAGUCAUCGGGAUGAGUCUUUGGUGAUGACGGAUGUGACGAGGCCGAUUGGCGUGAUCGGCGAGUUCUGAGUGUGAGUCCGGGGACGACGAUGCCCGGAAUCGUCGUGUUCAGGAGACGCUGGAGCGUCGGCAGCGACGACCUCGUCGUGCCCGGAGCUUUCCUCUUUCUUCUGCAUCUCGUCUGGGUGAUAGUCUUGGGCGUCCUCCUGGGCAUCCUAGAAUGGGAUCGGAGCAUCCAGUGCGUUCUGCUGCUAUGGGAGUACAUACUCGGCUAUCUGGCUAUCUUCAUAUCCUCGAUGGCCGUCGAGUUCUCUAUGUGCAUGUUGGCGACGCGAGGCAGUAUACUCGACACUGCCGCUCGCGCGCCGAUGCAAUAUCUGCUCUACAUACGUCUCUUUUUGUUACUGGUAGAAGCGGCAUGGCUGAGUGCUGGGGUCACGUGGCUGACGAGGUUCUAUCAAACUUGCCCUGUGGAUCAGGCAAAGGAUAUUAUGUUAGGUCUGGUGAUAUCGAACUGGUGCGUUUUGGCAUCGGUGCUGGUGACCGUGUGGUGCGUUUACGACGCGGCGGGCAGGUCCUGGGUGAAAAUGAAAAAGUACCAGCGCAGCAUGCGCGAAGCGGAAUCGCGAGGAGGAAGGAUGCACUACAAACGUAGCGGCAGCCGGAACCGAAACUGGCGGCAGAGAAAAGUGAUACGCGCCUAUCAAGAUAGCUGGGACAAUAGAUGCAGAAUCCUCUUCUGCUGUAUCGGCAAGUCUGAUAGAAAUAGAAAUUCUUUCGCCGACAUAGCGCGACUGCUGAGCGACUUCUUCCGAGACCUGGACGUGGUGCCGUCGGACGUAGUCGCCGGUUUGGUGUUGCUGCGCAAGUUCCAGAAAAUCGAGCGCGAGCUCAUCGUGAAGCAGCGCAAGAACGACACUUACGAGUUCCUGUCUGGGGUGCCGGUAACGCCACGCACCAAGUUCCUCUCUCUGACCGAGGACGGCGACCUCGGACACUUCCAAUCUGCGAUUCACUACAUGCACUUCGCACUCGCGGCCUACGGGUGGCCGCUUUUCCUCGUUAAUCACUCUACUGGAAUCUGUCAACUUUGUACAAGGGUAAGAUGCUGUUGUUUCCCGUGCUUGUGGCGCAAAGACGACGCGAUCAUCGUCGAGGACAACUGCUGCCGGUGCAACUACGCGGCUCUGCAGCGUAUGGUCGAGGUCGGCGAAGUCGAGGUAAUCUACGCGACUUUCCACGUCGACGUUGGCGAGACGCCGUUCUUUGUCGCACUCGACUACAGCAAGCGAAAGGUGGUGGUGAGCAUACGUGGCACCCUCAGCAUGAAAGACGUGAUGACGGAUUUGAACGCUGAGAGUGAGGUGUUGCCGCUCUCACCGCCUCGGGACGACUGGUUGGGUCACAAGGGAAUGGUACAAGCUGCGGAGUACAUCAAAAAGAAGCUCUACGAGGAGGCGAUCAUCACAAAGGCCUUAGAAAAGGAUCCGUCGCGCGGUACUCACGAGUUCGGUCUAACGCUGGUGGGUCACUCGCUUGGCGCCGGUACCGCAGCCAUUCUGGCGAUUCUGAUGAGGCAGGAUUACCCGGACCUCGUGUGCUUUUCGUAUGCACCGCCGGGUGGUCUGCUUAGUAUGCCGGCCCAGGAGUACACACAGGAGUUCAUCACGUCGGUCGUCGUCGGCAAGGACGUGAUUCCCAGGAUAGGUCUUAGGCAGAUGGAGAGUCUCAGGGCGGACCUUAUCAACGCCAUCAAGAGGAGCGUUGACCCCAAGUGGAAGACGAUAACGUGCUCGGUGAUGUGUUGCGGCUGCGGCACGAUACCGACUUCGGCGGCGAACCUCGAAGCCGGCGGCUGCAUCAGCGAGUACCAGCGCGACAAGGACCUGGCGCGAUCCCAGGCGGUCGUGCAGACGGACUCGAGUAUCGCCCUUACUUUACACAGGCCGCUCUAUCCGCCAGGCCGUAUAAUUCACGUCGUCAGGCAUCACCCCAACAAGGGAGAGCAAAAAUAUGAAUCUCGUUGGAGGCAAAUGUUAAGGAAACGAGAGCCAGUAUACCAGGCGCUAUGGGCAGGUCCCUGCGACUUCGACGAGGUCCUGAUCAGUCCGGUAAUGAUCCAGGACCACAUGCCGGACAACAUGCUCAAAGCUCUGAAUAAGGUCAUAACCACAUUGGGACCAGCUAAGCCUCAGCGUGUAGUCUCCGGCCGAGUAUCCUCAGCAUCAGACUGUCGUGGCGCCAGUAGUGACCCGCUUCAUCACGGCAGCAGUCGAGUCAGCAUCGGCUACCACCAAGACGCCGGUAACGAUCUCGGCGAAGUCGAACAGGAGAUGCGGGCCUUACUCGCAUGUUCUAGUCCCGUGCGCAGCUGUCCCCGGAUGAUACAUGGGCUUACACGCGCCCAGCCAGCCAGCGAUGGACCAACUCCUGCCAGGAGAAGAUUGUGUCUGGAGACGAGUUUCACAAGUCUGCAAAGUCCCCUCACGGAUAACUACCCUCAGAUCGGUAGGGAGCUGAGUGUCGACUCGAGGGGACUGCCCUGGGAAUAUGUCAGUCUGGCUAGUGAGAUUCUUGGAUCGCCUAUAAGACCUGCUGAGCUGUUAAAAGCGUCUUGCCGUCCCACGGACUGGAGCAGUUUAGGCCGAUUGGCACCACUAGCUACCCCAGAGACGAUGUCUGAAGCCUCGAACAGUAGUCCACCCUCGCCUUUACCGAGUUGUCAUCGACCGAUGAUGCGACGAACACCUAAGAUCACCGGCAACCUAUCGACUGCCGCGGACGACCUUAAGAACAACCUCCAUUUUGCUAUGCUAUCAGCGAAAAAUUACUAUCUGCGCUGUGAGCAGACUUCCAGUACUGUAGGUAGCAAUGUGAGCAGUAGCAGCAAUAGCAACAGUGCAGUGAACAGCGAGGCGAGUUACGAGAGCGCCAAGAGUUUGGCCCAAGGACCACCGCCCCCUGUACCUAGGAGAAGAGACUCCGUCCUCGUCAGCAGAGAUACAAGAGUUUGCACGGCCGCCUGUUGCAGGGAUGACCUAUCGGAUAACUCGUCGCCCCAUGCCUCGUCCCACUCGUCCAGGAUAUCGCACCGUGUGCAGAUCGACUUCGCCGAAGAGGAAAUGGACACAAACGGCUCUAGCCUUGAUUUCUACGAAGCAAAAGCGUCGAUAGAAGCCAAGGACAGCAGCAACGACGUCUUCCUGAGCGUGCGUAGCUCUCCCGAGUGCAAGGGUCUCAUGGCCCCGGCAACGGACCUCGGAGCCGAGUGGAAGCGCAACAAGCAGCUCGACGUCGCCGCGGGUUGUGGCGACGCUUCGCUACCACUUCUACGUGGCCUCUCGCCGACGCCUCAACACGCGACGCAACAGCACAACUCGCCCUUCUUCAACGCCAAGCGCAAGAAGUACGUCUACCCUAUCACUCUUGUUGGUAGGGGAGAAAGCAGCGUUUGAGCUAGGAUUUUUCCAACUGCGUUGAGUUUUUUUUCAAUAAAGCACGUGUCUUCUUCCUCAAGUUGUAAUUAUGUGAUUUCCGAAAUCUCAAUUGCAGGUGAUUAGUCACAUGAUUUUAACAGGUUUCAGAAGAAACGUGUUUUUUACAAUGUAUAUGUAUGCGCGUAAUGUAUAUAUGAAAGAUUGUAAAGUAGGUGAUUAUUAUGAAAGCGUCUUUUGAAGAUAUCGAUGAGCAUAUGAUUUUAUUUUUAUUGUUAUACACUUUUCUAUAGAUGAUAACGACGCUCUAAUAUGAAAGUGUACAGUAUUUUUCGUGUUUUUUUAAUGAGGAAUAUUAAAAUACAGUGAAAAUAUUUCCGAUUUUCCUAUGCAUCUUUGAAAAUUGUAAUACAUUGAAAGCGGCUCCGCUAUUGUCUAUCAUAUUA